AAAAUGGCUGCCACCAGUAGAAUCUAUCCAAGAAGUAACGGUGAUAAAAUAUCUGCCUAUGAGAAAAGGGAAAUAAGAAGAAGAAUUCGCAAAUUACAAGACACAAUAUCUGAAAACAAGAUUGAACUAGUCAAAGAAAUAAUAGCUGGAGACAUUGAUGUUGAUUUUUACUACAGAGGCCAAACGGCAUUACAGCUAGCAGUCCGAGAAGGCCACUUUGAAAUAUGCCGUCUGCUAAUAGACAAGGGGGCAGACGUCAACAAAACAGAUGCAGAAAUGAACUCACUACUGAACAGUGCAUGUUGGAGAGGUCAUGGGAAUAUUGCACAGUUGCUCAUAGAAAACAGAGCCGAUGUUGACCUUUGUAAUGAUAAUGGCGCGUCACCAUUGAACGUUUGUGCCCUGAAAGGCCGACAGGAUAUCUUGAGGUUCUUGAUACAAUCUAAUUGUGACCUUGAUAUUCUGAACAGUCGUGGUCAGACAGCAUUGUUUACAUCAGUGCAGCAGGGAAAUGUUGAAAUCGUGAAGAUUCUUCUUGAGGCUGGGUGUAGUAAAAACACCAGUGAUCACUCCAACAGAACCCCUCUGAUCCUUGCAGCUAGUCAAGGGGAUGUUGAAGCAACCCACAUCCUCCUGCAGUCAGGCUGUGACAUUAACCGACAAGACCGACUUGGUCAGACUGCCUUGUAUCACUGUGCAUCUCAAGGUCACUUAGAGGUAGCCAUGGCCCUCAUUAAAGCUGGAGCAGACGUCAACCUAGCCACCAUUAAAGGAUUCUCUCCUCUUCUUGAUUCCAUUCGAAACAAUCACAUUGAAGUAGCAAAGGCGUUGAUAGAAGCCAGGUGUAAUAUCAACUUGAAAGACAGGCUUCAUCAUGCCCCUAUACAUGAGGCCAUCAGACAAGUGUCCCAGUAUUUUGGAGAUCCAGGAAAGCCGUCCAUCAACAUUGUCGAGCUGCUGGUGUCGGCUGGAGCAGACCUUAGCAUCUGUGACAGCGAGGGCUGGACUCCACUCUACCAGGCUGCGUCCAGUGGAGACCUUGAAAUAACAAAAUUGUUGUUAAACAACGGUGCAUCCUUGGAAGUGUCCACAACAGCAGGGGAGACAAUCCUACAUGGCGGCGUGUACGGAAACAACCCAGACAUAGUUGAACUGCUGAUCCAGUCAGGUUGCAAGGUCAACCAGGUGAACUCCCAAGGUCAACACCCUCUCAUGGCAGCUGUAAUGUCAAGGUCACAUCUAACGAUUGUGAAGGCUCUGAUUGCAGCUGGUAGUGACUUGAAUCUCCCGGAGAACAAUGAGCAGCUAAGCCCUCUCCAUGCCACCGUCCAUCACCACCACCAUGAGGCUGCCAUCUUGCUAAUCAACGCAGGUUGUGACAUCAACAGCGUCAACAGUCGAGACCAGACCCCACUACACAAUGCGUGUGAAAAAGGCAAGACAGACAUUGUAGCUCACAUCCUGAAGCAGCCCCAUCUCAACCCUGAUGGUAUCAAGUCGACCGCCCUCCCUCUCCAUGCAGCAGCUGUCAACGGCCAUGUGAACAUCGUUCAGAUGCUGCUAGAGGCCAAGUUUAACAUCAACCAGCUCAGUGAUGGCGGCCUCACUGCAUUGCAAGCUGGAAUUCAGGAAAACAAAUACUCGGUGAGCAAGACCUUGUUGCAAUAUGGCUGCGAUGUUGACGCCCAUGCCAAGGUGAAGCGACUUAUGAAGUGUUGUCUGCUUCAGGAUGACGCACAUCCACACUUUGCCCUUGAACCCCUCUUCCUGGCCUUGACCCACAAGGACCUUGACCUUAUGCAGCUGCUGCUUCAGUUCUACAUCCAUAUACCCUACAAGGUCAUUAAAAUGCUGAAUCAUAUUCUCAAACAGUCCCAAGAACUUAGGUUCCAUUACAGUGCCCAGAGCAAGAAGAACAUCCUUGAGUUCUUCUCUCAAGCUUUGAAACAACCCAGACUCCUCCAGGAGGUCUGUCGAUGCAACAUCAGAGCAGUGUUGGGGUCAUGGCCACAGGUCAAGGUCACGACCUUACCCAUUGCAAAUAAACUGAAAAAUUACGUUUUGAUGACAGACACUUUCUUGACAUUGGAGGAACAGGAAAAGCUAGAAGAGGAUCAGCUUGAUCAGAAUGGGUUUGUCACUGUGUGAAGGGCUGGCCGACACUUGUCUAUGGUGCUAAUUACUGUUGUAGAUUUUCUGGUGCUCAAGCCCAGCACAUUAUACCCUGGCAAAGUACUUAGGUCGUUAGACCAAGAUAUAUGAUGUGUGAUGUUAUCAUGUGGGCUGGCUGAAACCCGUAUCAGUUUCUCUUUUCUUCAAAUUUGGAUCACAUACAUGUAUCAUCUUUCCUUGCGAAAACAGGGGCCACAUGUGGCCGAGUCAUCGUGGGCACUGCAGUUAGCUGUAUAGAGUUGCUUGCGAGGAAACAAUUACUGUGGGUUCAAAUCCAAGUUCGGAAAGUGCUAAACAUGUGAGACCUUCAGGACUUUGGGCUUCCCUUCGACAUUAAUCUGUGACACCAUGAUGAAACAGAAAUUCUAUUGAAAGCAGUGUUCACAAAGCUUACAUGCCAUCAUGUAACUUAAGUGCUGUUAAAAUCAACCGAAAACCAAACUCAGUCACUUACACACUCAGUCACUCAAUGCUAAAAUUCAGAAGUCAAAAAGUGUGUCAGUCUGUUGCUACAAGACAGUCACAAAGAGACGGUCACAAAGUAUGAAGUCUGAUAGCACAGAUACGUGACAGUUCUGGCUGCUCUGUACAGUUCAUACCAUCAUGUACCAGUUAUCCUCAAGAACUCCGCAUCAUCAUACUGCCAUGUCCUACCCAGACAGUGGAUGAAUCCUGGCAUCUGACCGUUUCCGUAGAACUUCAUGUACUCAAGAGAAGACAAUGUCAUCAUAUAGCGCUUCUGACUGUACCUUGUAUCCAUUGUUCAUGUUGUGUAAUUGUUGAUAUCUAUCACUUGUCACCUUGUAUGACCAUCGCCUGUAAUACUUACGUUGCCAAAAUGACUCUUAGGAGUCUACAAAACAGCCUAAGAUCAUGGAGUCUCUCGAUCAACAUCAGAUCAGCCAAUCAGUGUGGAUGCUUCCCAAUCCUUGGUGAGCAAAACGUUUGGAGCUGCAUAUAUGAUUUCUGUAUGUUGAAAAUGAAAGUAAUUCAGAUUGUUAUGGAUAUUUAAACCCAGCUGUUACUUAGAGUUGUGAUCUGCAUUUUGAAAUGUGUGCUUUAUAAUGGGAACAUUUGGUUUCAUGUGAAUGUUGUUUAUCUGAAUUUAGGAUGAUAGAUAUGUAUGUAUUUAGUAAUUCAGCUUCUUGGCCUGGAGAACAAUUGUAGGUUGGCUGAAUCAGUCACCUGGUGUAUAAUACAGCAAUAUUUACAAUUUACAUUUACAUCUCAGAAGAAAUACAUUUUUAAGAAACAUGGUCAAUGCUUGUAAAGUGUCCUGUUUGUAUUUAAUAUAUUACACAAGAGAGUUAAUAGAGAUAACAUCAGAAAGGGUUUGAAGAUAUGUUAAUCUUAGGUCAUGAUACUUUUUACAAAAUAUACCAAACGUGGAACUCAUCUUCCUUAACCCAAAGAUGACAUUGCAGACAUAAAGAUUUUUGUACAAGGUUGGGUUUUUUUCAAUGUAGAUUACUGAUACUGCAAUCGUGAAGAGAUAUCCUAAAUUUACAUAAACAUUGGUGGCUGUUGAUUAUGUUAUUGAAGAUUGUCUUAACCUUGAAUCAUUCAUCAAAUGAUUCAUCAAAUGAUUCAAGGUUAAGGUGGAGCAGUGGAUUAGCCUAGUGGUUAAAACAUUUGCUCGUCAUGCCAAAGACCAGGGUUUGAUUACCCACAUGGAUACAGUGUGUGAAGUCCAUUUCUGGUGUCCCCUGCCAUGAUAUUGCUGGAAUAUUGCUAAAAGUCACGUAAAUCCAUACUCACUAACUCACUCGAAUGGCAUCUAUAAUAUAUUGUGGUUUUGUUUUGUUUGAUGUUAAGCACCCCUUUCAGCAAUAGCCCAGCUAUGUCAGAGAGGCCAGUAAAUAAUCAAAUCCAGUGAUUAAUAUCAUGAGCACCAUCCAUACAUCUGAAGUAAGGUGAGGCUUCAUCAACCAAGUCUGACCAUCUGAGUCACCUCGUUGUGUUCUGUAUUAGGUUCCCAGCAUUCUCUUCCCACAGAGGUUACUUGUCAUAUCUUCCUACGAUGCUUUGUUCUAAUACGGCCAUAUUUCCUGGUUCUCGUAAAAUCCCCGAUCGGCCAAAAAUCGCAACACAAAUUAUCUCCCUUCUUUCUAUCCAAUCAGAACACAUGUUACAUCGACUUAGAUCCAACUUGACUAAUGCAAGCAAAUGUGGGGCCACAAAUAUUCCUCCUCUGUCGGAGACUUUUGUUUAUGUGACACACAAGACAUUUAAUGGCUAGCUUGUCCGUUUUCAAGAGGGCGAUGGAGACGCCAUUGAUCCGCUAUUACAUGACUGAGUUCUGUC